AUGAAACUGUCACUCUUUGUUUUGCUCUGCAGCGGUCUGCUGGCGCUGGUUGCUGGGUUUACUAAGGAUGACCACGAAAUAUUCCGACUUCGAGACGAGAUCCAGGCUUCCGAGGGUCCUGAGGUGACUUUUUACGAUUUCUUGGGGGUGAAGGCUAGCGCUUCUCAGGACGAGAUCGUCAAAGCCUACAGGAAGAAAUCCAGAAUUAUACAUCCCGACAAGGCAAAGCAGUCGCUCAUAGCCUCCAAGGCAAAGGCAACUUCCAAGCCACUACUCGGACUGAAAAACAAGGAACCAGGCGUUCACGUUAACAAAGCUCCCACGGAAAGCGAAAUUCAGACCGCGGUGAAGAAGGCUAGCGAGCGGUAUGCUCGACUCGGCGUUAUCACCGAGAUUCUGAAAGGACCUGGUCGCGAAAGAUACAAUUUCUUCCUGAGCAGCGGCUUCCCCAAAUGGAGGGGGACUGGAUAUUACUACGCCCGCUUUCGCCCUGGUCUGGGAUCAGUGCUGGUGGGCCUGUUUGCAUUUGGAGGAGGAUUGGUCCAUUACGCGGCUAUGUAUGUAAGCUGGCAGAGACAACGAGAUUACGCCGAACGGGUCAUUCGAGAUGCGAGACGAUCAGCCUGGGGCGACGACUCAGGAGUCAGAGGGAUUCCUGGCAUUGAUGGUGCAAUGACGGGAAUGACAGCUAGCCCCCCUGCUUCUUUGGCGCAAGAGAACGGUGCGGCGGUGCUUAAUCGACGCCAGAAGCGCAUGCAGGAGAGAGAAAACAAAAAGGAGAAAGACAAGAAAACAGGCAAGGGGCUUAAGCGGAGUGGCACAAGUACACCUACACCUAUUGAGUCGGAACCUGAACAGGGGCCCCAAGGGGCUAAGAAGAAAGUUCAAGCUCGCAAUGGGAAAGUUCUCAUCGUGGAUUCCGUGGGAAACGUUUAUGUGGAAGAAGAGGAUGACAACGGUGAAAGGGUGGAGCUUUUGCUAGAUCCAGAGGAGAUACCCAAGCCCACGUUCAGGCGGACGGUUUUGUUCCGCUUACCGGUGUGGACUUAUCAUAAGAUUCAGAGUCGCAUUGCCGGUGUUCAGUCGAACUAUGAGCAAUCUGAAUUGGAGGAUCUGGAGACUGCUAAUGACGGAGAGGAUGGAGACCCAGAAAUAAAGGAAGAUUCAAGGAAUGGAGCAGCACGAAAACGUGUCAAGAGGAAUGGCAAGGCGCACUGA